AUGGCCGACCAAGUCCAAGAGAUGCUCGAUGUGCCGCGCGAGUUCCUGAAGGACGGCAUCCAGUUCAUCAACCGCGCGCAGAAGCCACUUCCAGCCGACCGCCGUGAAUUCAUCAAGAUCUCCCAGGCCGUGGGCGUCGGUUUCCUCGUCAUGGGCGCCGUUGGGUACUUCGUCAAGCUCAUCCACGUGCCCCUAAACAACAUCCUCGUCGGCGGCGCAUAA